AUGAGGCUGCCGCUGGCGCUGCUGGUCCUGCCAGCCCUGGCCGCCCUGGGGGCCGCCGGCGCGGACCCGGAGGCGGCGGAGGAGGCGCGGGCGGGGCGGUUCUCCACGCCGGAGCAGCACCGGUGCCGCUGGGAGCUGCGCUCGGCCGCGGGGGCCAGCGAGCUGCGGCUGAGCUGCCGGGCGGAGGGCGGCGGGGCGGCGCGGAGCUGCGCCUACCGCGGGGAGCCGCGGCGCUGCCCGGCCUUCCGCGGCCGCCAGUACUGGCGGCAGAUCCUGUCCCGGCUGCGGCGGCGGCAGCACCCCUGCGCCCCGGGAGCGCCGCUCCGCGCCCGCCUCUGCGGCCCGGGCCGUGCGCCGCCCGAGGCGCAGCUGCGCCUGCUGCCCGACCCCGGCCCCGCCUCGCCGGCCCCCGGCCCGGAGCCCACCGAGGACCCGGCGCAGACCUACUGCGCCGAGCGGUGGCACUCGCUGUGCAGCUUCUUCGUCGGCUUCUGGGAGGGCUGAGCCGCUCCGGCCAGCGGGAGGGAGCGCGGCCGCCCGGGCUGCGCACCCGAACACUCCCGGCCUCGCCUGCCACUGCCGCCAAUGGCCCCCGACUUUGUCCACUCUCCUUUUUUACUCCCCAAUAAAACGGUAACUAUUUUGUGACAAGAA